AUGCUGCUACUUACAUGGAUCAGUGGAUCUUGGAUAGAUGGAUGUAUGUUGAUGUUAGGUCUUUACCAAGGAGGUGUAUGGAAGGUUAGGGUAGAACUGCCCGAUGCUUAUCCUUACAGGUCUCCGUUGAUUGCUUUUGUUAAUAAGAUAUAUCACCUGAAUGUCGAUGAACUGUCUGGUUCCGUCUGCUUGGAUGUCAUUAACCCGACAUGGAGCCCAAUGUUUGAUCUUGUCAAUGUGUUUGAAGUCUUCCUUCCACAACUUUUGUUAUAUCCAAAUCCUUCUGAUCCAUUGAACGGACAAGUUGCUGCGCUCUUGAUGCGUGAUCGCCCUGCUUAUGAGCAAAAAGUGAAAGGUGAUUAUAUUAAUUUAGGCUCCUUCCAAACUAGUAUAAAGAGGGAAUUCAUCUCUUUCAUAGACAUGGUGGCCUUGCACCCUGACUUGUCUUCUUAA